UUACUCUUGUCUAUAGAUGAACUGUUGUGUCUUUUCAGUGUCGAUAGUUUUUAAUUAUUGUACGGGCGAUAAGUGUGCUCUUCUUCAUAAAAGUAUACUUUGGUCGGAGUAUUUUGUAUUCGAUUCGAAGUACCUACUUCGUCAGUACUCAACUACGAGAUGAGCUGGGUUUAAGAUACAAUGUCUCGUAAACAUUUUGUACUCAUUAACAGUAUGAUACACCAACGAUACAAACCUGUUCGAUACACAUAGUUUCAAUUUAAAUGUAGGUCCAGGUAUACGCGCUUUAUUGUUUUUACAUGUCGGAUUGUCGGUCUCGGUAUGCAAGUGCUUUCACUAGCAUUAAAUUUCUCGGUGGUUUGCACUUCGGAGUGAUUUGAUUACGCUUAUCAUUUCGAAUUUUUUUUCAUAUGUGUGUGUAAUCAUGGUGAUGAUGUGAUUCAAUAACACUCGUAUUAGGUGCAGUUAGAAAAACUAUUAUCCAUUUAUCGCCCAAUCGCCUAUGAUUAGAAUUGUGCGCGAUGGGUCACGACUCGAACCACAGCCGAUAUCCGUGGGGUCCUGAGGAUAUUUGUGCGCCCGGAUUAAUUCUACCUUUAUUGGAUGAGCGAUUAUGGAGUACGUGGUUUCGAACAUUGGCGUACUUUUGUACGCUGUUGUAUUUUUUCAUCGGAAUUGCCAUCAUAACGCAAAUAUUUAUGACAUCCAUCGAUAGAAUUACAAGUCAUACGAGAAAAAUUUAUCUGGCUAAUAAAGUUAAACGAGACGGUAGCAGUGAUUCUUUCGAGUCUAUAUUGAAAGAAGAUGAACCUGAAAUUAUUGAAGUGCGAGUAUGGAACGAUACUGUUGCCAAUUUGUUGCUCAUGGCCUUCGGUACUGCAUCGCCAGAAAUUUUACUAUCGAUUGUGGAAACUGUCGCACAUAAUUUCGAAUCAGGAAAACUGGGUCCAUCCACUAUCGUUGGUUCGGCGGCUUUUAAUUUAUUAAUCAUCACCAGCAUUUGUAUUCUUGCCUUGCCUCCUGGAGAAAUAAAAAAAGUUCAUAGAAUGAAAGUAUUCUUAGUGACCGGAUUAUUCAGCUUCUUCGCUUACAUAUGGCUGUUAUUGAUUCUACGGUACAUUUCGCCGGAUGUUGUGGAAUUAUGGGAAGCUUCGAUAACUUUUAUAUUGUUUCCAAUUUUGAUCGUUUUCGCUUACGUCGCAGAUCGUGAUUAUUUCGGAUUUUUGCAAUCAAAAGAUAUGAAACGACAAUUGGAGCUUACUACUUUGCAAGGCGGUGAGUUGAAUGGCAAGCCUAAAACGUUGUGUAAGGCCAAUGGAGAAGUCGACAGAGAAAAUUUGAUUAAAUUCGUCAAAGAAGUUAAAAAGUUUCCCAAUUUAAAAGAAGAAGAAAUCGCUCUGUUAGCCGCUACAAAAUUAGUCGACGAAAGUAGUCGUUCAGCAAACUGGCACAGAAUAAACAGCGUUAGAAAAUUUACUGGAAAUAAAAAUGGACAACCUGUGCUGUGCAAUAAAUUAAAAGAGGUAUACGAGAUAAUAAAAAAUCACCCAGAUGGUUUAAAAUUGGGAGAAUUACCUCAAACUCCCGAGUCUGAAGACGUUUCACUUAUUGAAUUCCAUUGCCCCAGAAUGGCUGUAAAGGAAAACAUUGGUAAUUUCUUUGUAACUGUUUGGAGGCAUGGAAAUUUAGAUAAAGAAGCGAGAGUUAGAAUUGAAACCAUCGAUGGAACAGCCAAACGAAUUGAAGAUUACAUUCCAAUCAGAGAGGUGUUAACUUUUGCACCGAAUGAGGAUCAAAAAAAGGUCGCCGUUUCAAUAGUGAACGAUAAUAAAUGGGAACCCGACGAAGAAUUUUUCUUAAGGUUAACUGUGGUGGGAAAAUACGCUGAUCGAGUUAAACUGGGUCAAUACUCCAUAAUGGAAGUAACCAUUAUCGACGACGAAGAGCCUGGAAUCGUUUCAUUCGAAAAACGAGGCAUCGUGGUGAAGGAAAGUGCUGGAUUGAUUUGUGUUCCAGUGAUGAGAACUCGUGGAGCAGAUGGACGUGUAGUUGUGAAAUGGAAAACUAUCGAUAAAACUGCUAUUGCUGGCAGAGAUUAUGUAGGCGGUGAAGGAGAAGUAGUUUUCGAAGAUAAAGAGGUUAAACAAAAAAUAAAUAUCCAAAUAAUCGACGAUAUGGAUCCGGAGAAAGACGAGUAUUUUGAAAUAGCACUUUUCGAGCCUACCAACGGAGCUAAAAUUGGCAAUAUUAAUAGAACCUUAAUCACCAUCAGUAACGACGAUGAUUUUAACAGCGUUGCACAUAGAUUAAUGCUCUUGACAGGAGCAAAUUUGGAUGCUAUCAGAGUUCAUACCGAAACGUGGGGCGAACAGUUCAAAUUGGCGAUGAGUGUUGCUGGUGGCGAUGUCGAAAACGCUACUACUUUGGAUUAUGUCACGCACUUUUUCUCAUUUUUUUGGAAGGUUUUGUUCGCAUUAGUGCCUCCGGUGGCAAUAUUUGAUGGUUGGCUUUGCUUCGUUGUUUCAUUAUGCGUGAUUGGAAUUAUGACAACGAUAAUUGGCGAUUUAGCGACCAUAUUCGGUUGCUUAAUAGGCCUCGAUGAUUCGUUAACAGCUAUUACGAUCGUAGCUUUGGGAACUACAUUGCCAGAUAUACUCGGCGCUCGCAUGGUAUCAAAAGCUGAAGCACAUGCUGACGGUGCUCUAAUCCAUAUAUCUGGUUCGAUUGCUGUAAAUGUUUUAAUUGGUGUGGGUGUGCCAUGGUUUGUGGCUGCAGCAUAUCAUGCUCAAAAAGGUACACAAUUUCAGGUGAAAUCUGCUGGUUUAGAGUUCAGCGUUUUAUUAUUCUCAGUUGCCGCAGUCUUGGCCGCCUUACUACUCGUUUUGAGGAGAAAACUAUCGAUGUUUGGAAAAGCUGAGCUAGGUGGUCCAAUCAAAACGAGAUAUUUAUCUGCAGUAAUUCUUGUAUCUUUGUGGUUGCUUUAUUUAUUGUUCAGUUUCCUUCAAAUCACUCAUGUUAUCGAUCCUGUUUUUUAAUAUGGCUACUGGCUCUCAAAGUCUUUCUCGAAUAAAAUUUGAGUCUGUUUUUAACCCAUCGAACAUAAGAAACCAUUUUUUAUGAAAUCGAGUCAACCUUUUUGUUUUUAUAUGUUUUGUAUCAUUUUUUUAAUCAAAAAAGAAAAAUUAGUGUAAUAUUCACCAUUUAUGUUCCUUCUUCAUCUAAUCUAACAUAAUUACCUACGAAAUAUGUAAAGUACAAAGUACCUAUGAUCGACUUCCGUUUCUCUCGGAAGUGGAGUUCACGAGCGUGCAAUGAAUAGUUUUAUUCGAUUUUU